GUAACUGAAACAUCCUUGAGUGGAUAUAACUGAAAAACUCAGUGCUUUUACUUUCCCAGCUAACACUUCCACUUCCACUCAAACUUCCUUGCAAUGGCUAAUUUAGCAAACUUAAAUGGUAUCACUGAGACUUUGCCUACCACACCAAGGCUUACCAGCAAGCAGAAAACUCCAAAAAGAACAAAGGUAAUUGCAUUGCUAGGCAAGAAGCAAGUUAACUUUGAACAAGGAAAUCCAUUGCAGACCACAAGAAGACUAGCAUUAGGCCUUGCCUCUAUAUCACUUGUAGGAAACUCUGGCAAUGGAGUCUCUCUGGCUGAGGAUAACGGCUUCUGGCAGCUCGAUUUCCCUUUGAAUGUUUCGCCUACUGUCGAAAACAAAAUUACAAAUGAGAAGACAGGCACCCGUUCUUUUCUUAAGAAGGGAGUGUACAUGGCAAAUAUUGGAGUUGCAGGCAGCAUGUACAGGAUAAGGAAGUAUGCUUUUGAUCUUUUGGCAAUGGAGGAUUUGAUAGGACCAGACACAUUGAAUUAUGUCAGGAAGUACUUGAGACUCAAGUCCACCUUCAUGUACUAUGACUUCGACAAAGUUAUCUCUGCAGCUCCAGUGAAUGAUAAGCAAUCGCUUACUGAUUUAGCAAACAGAUUGUUUGACAAUUUUGAGGAGCUUGAAGAUGCUUCAAGAAGGAAAAACCUGCCUCAGACAGAAUCAUCUUAUCAAGGGACAAAGGUAAUUCUCCAAGAGGUAAUGGACAAAAUUCCAGAAAUCUGAAGGAUUUAUAGCUUACAAAAACAUUAUGUAUUCCCAUUUGUUCUUAAUCUGUCUUGUAUACACACUGGAUUUUGUUUUCAAUUUCAAGUGAAUGCAUAAAUUGACUCAUUC